AUGCAAAUUGUAAUGAGCAAUCAUACUAACUUUGUCGAUUAAAUAGGGGUUAUAAAAGAAGAACUAAAUAGUUAAGAAUUUUUGAGUAUCGAAUCUGAAGCAAUCUCAAAAUCCAAGGUCAGAUCAGAAAUACUUUCUAAUAAAAUAAAAUAGAUUAUUAUAGAUUAAAAUGCUAUUUGCAUUUAGGAGUUUAGUUCAAAGUAACCUUAACUUAAAUAGACUGAGAAUAUGAAUUAGCAAGCUAAUUUAAGCAAUAUUCCUGAUAAUGUAAGCUUCGGGAGGCUAUCGCCAUAGAAUGAACAUCGCUAAAUAAACCUUCCCCUUGCCAAAGUUUCAUAAAUUAAUUUCGAUGGGAUUCCUUUUCCAACAAAGUUUAUUGUGAGCAAAGCCUUGAUGAAUCCAAUACCUCCGCCUCAAUUAAACUUAUAAAAAUUAGCUUAAAUUCAAUAGUUUUAAUAACCUAUAAAGAGCUCUAAGCUUAAUGAAUUUCCAAUCAUAAAAGAGUGCUAAGUACCUAGAAAGAGAGGAAGCUUAACUUACAGAAACAUUGAUGAAGAUUUAAAUAUUUUUCAACAAAAAACUAAUCAGGCUGACAUCAAUUAACAAAAUGGUAACAGUUCUAACAUUAAUGUAUUAAAUAAUUCUUCGCCAAUAAGCUAGUUAAAGCGAAGUGCGUACAGAAUUAAGCAUGAUUUAAAUAACAGCUGCUUUGCUAAUGAUUUUACGGAAAGCUACAAUAAGAUUUCUUACAAAAGAAUGUCGGAUUUCGGAUAAAAUUAAUAAAAUGCUAGAAGUCAAAUAAGUAGCUUGCAAUAAAAAAAAGAAAUUCAAGAUAAUAAUAUAAACAAGAUAAAUCUCCAAAAUAAUUAAAUUGGUAAUAAAUUUGGAAAACCGAUAUUAAAUAUGCAACAUCCUUUACUUUAAAUAGCAUAAUAACAAGGGAUAGCAAAGAAUAACUAUGACUUAUCUCAGUAGUAAAAGUAAGGUAAUAAUAACAAUAGUUGCAAUAGUUCUAGAGUAUUUGCUAAUAAAAAAAGCUCUUUAAUAAAUAAUAGAAGUCUCCGUAAUAGUCCAAGGGCAUUUGAUCUCUAUGAUAAAGAAUAUGAAUAUAGUAAAGUAAAUGAAAAUAAUUUUUCAGUUCAGCAAAAGGAGAGAACACCUCUCGUGUAACUAAUAAACUAACAAAGUAAUUUAAUUGACAUAGAUUGUAAUUUAGAAAACGAAUUAAAUAUCAGCAAUAGAUAGCACUUAAAACAUUUAGAUUAAAAAUCAAUUGCAAAAAAAAUUCAUGUGUAUAAAAAAUAUAUAAACAAGCUAGAAGAUCUUCUCUAAGAAUGUUAACAAGAAGACUAAAAGAAAAUUUUACCUGAUUAGAAAUACAAAACUAAUAAUACAAAUCCGCCUUCUUCUCAUUUUCAAAUUGAGAGCCAAAUUUUUAAGUAAAACAGAUCUAUUUUUUUUGAAAAAGUUCGUCCUACAACAUCAUCAGUGACUGUAAGCAGAAAUAACCCUUAAAGCAAAAACUCUAAUCUUAUUGAGGGAUUUAAUUAACUUGCAGAAUCAGCUCUAGUUGCUAAUACCGCCUCUAUUUCAAAUCCUACAUAUAUUUCUAAUUCUGUCUUUGUUUCUAAUUCUGGUUUGAAAAAUAUCCCAAAUCCUGAAUUCAUAGUUCCAAAAAACAGUGUCCUUUUGCAUGGACUAGACUUAGAAAGAAACGAAAUUAAUUUUAAUUAAAAGUAGCCUUAUUAAAUUUUAUAAAAGUUAUAACAUAUCCCCCUUAAAAAUACAGAAAAUGCAAUAGAAAACAUAAUCCAGCAAAGAUCCAAUUUAAGGAAAGAUCUAAACAACUCAGUCGUUGGUAUAGCUUCCCCUUUCGAAGAAAAUAAUUCAAGACUUAAUAAAUCAAUAGAUUUCAUCUAUACUAAUAAAAGCAAAAGUUCAAAUAAGCUCGAAAAGAAACCUCUUAAUUAAGGAGUAAAAGUAAAUGAAAUAUAAAAAAAGACACCUUAUAUUUUUGAGUAGAUUAGGACUGCUAGAUAGCAAAUCGGUAACACAACAGAUCAUAUUUAGCCAAAAUAAACAUCAACAAAAAACGGAUCAGUAUAAGAUAGAAAUAGCUAAAAUGAAUAACAAUAAUAAUACAUGACCUACAGAAAGAAGUCUUUUCUAGAUAAGACUGCUAGUUUCGCUAUGUAUUCAUGA